AUAGUAACUAAGUUCAAUUCUAGAAUAUCGUAUGUAAUUGGGAAAUUUGAUUAAAUAAAUAUAAAUCUUCCAUUUAACGAAUAAAAAAUUCUAACAGUAUUAUCGGAUGGAGCCUAGUAAAUACGUGGAUACCGUCUCAAUUGAUACAAUAGAUAAAUUAAAAGAUGUUCAUGCACACAAUCCAAUACCAGCUCCAAAUGAUAAUAAUUUAACAAUAGAAAAAGAACAAAAUAUUUCAAAAUUAAAUCAACAUGUUACAACAGAGGAAUCCUUGGUAAAAUGCACAAUAAAAUCAGUAAAUCAAAUUGACGAAAAUUUAAAUGUAGAAAAAGUUGAUAAAAAAUUGAACACUAAAACACCCUAUAAAUCACUUUUAUCACUAGUUCCAGAAGCCUCUAAAAUCAAUACUUCCAAUGAUAAAUUGAAAAACAGGCAGGGAGAAAUGGAGGAACUAAAUGUUUCAAGUGACCAUGUUAUGGAAGAUGGUGAAGCAAGUGAAGAUGAUUUAAACAAAUUCGAGAAAAUUAAUGACAUAGGAAUAGGACUUUUUAUGGAUAACUUCAAGCAAGAUUUGGAAGUUCAUGUUAAAACCGAUAAAGAGCUCCAAAAAUUGGACAUUAUUGCAAAAUUACGUGAUGAAACAUUUAAUUUAGACGAAGAAAAAGAAAAAAAGAAUGUCAUUUUGAACCAAUUAACCAGAGAAAGUUAUGAGAAUAUGGGCAAUGACUUACCCUCUGAUUUUAUAUCCAAAAAGCACCAGAAGCAAAAAUUAAAUGAAGAUAAAAAAAAGCCCAAAAAUGUUUUGAGAAUUCAAAAAUACUAUGGCGAUUUAUAUGAGCAUCAUGAAAACGGGGGUGGAGACUCCUUUAACCCAAUCUCCAAUAAAAUGUCAAGUGCUAUUCCUGAAUUGGCUAAGGAUCUGGGCAAAAACGAAUUUUAUUGCCAGUUAUGCAAUGUAAGGAUGAAUGGGACUCAAAGUUUCGAAGCACACACUAAAGGCUCUAAACAUUUUAAAAAAAUGAAGAAAACCAAAGAAAAUAAUUUAGUCAUGGCCGCACAACUACCAUGCAUCGAUUUUCCGAUUUAUCCCGACAGAAAGGGUUCCUCUCUUGAUAAGAAGUCCUCUGCUACUAAAUGUUUACUCACAUUGGAACCUAAAAAAGAGAUGGAAUUGAAUAUUGAAGCUAAAUUGAUCUUGAUUGAAAAGCCUUUAAUUGGGUUGCAGUUCGUUGUGGAAUAUUUUUACGAAGGGGAUAAAACUAGUGAACCAAAGUAUUUUUGUGAACUAUGCGAUAAAAAGUGUGAUCUGAGGACACUCGAAUUCCAUGUAAUCGGUUACAGCCAUCGCUGGUCCUACAUCAAGCUCAAACAUCCAUAUUACGCAAAUGAGAUUAGAGAAUAUGGGUCAAGAAAACAAGAUCGAACUGAUGCUAUUGAGGAAUAUUCUAAUAGAAUCGAGGCGGAAGAAGGAUUUUCCAGAAAGAUUAAAAAGUCAAUGACGGUGAGCAACACAAAAAUCUUGACAAUAGAAGAUGCUAUGCAUUCAGAUUUGGCUUCUAGCAAAACAGUUGACAAAAUUGUGAAAAGUCAAAUUGUAAGUUCUCGCUCUAAUAAAGAUGAUAAAAAGAGUGACGGAUCAAGCCAUCAAUUAGAUCUGGUCAACGAUUUCUUAAACAAAGCGUCUCACAGUAGACCCGUCGAUAUAAGCUUCAAUCACACCUCAAAUUAUAGAGAUAUCAAUAUUACUCGGAUUCCCUCACCCGUUAGAAAAAAGACGAUAUUUGCCCCCGAAGAUCAGCAGCAUUCUCGUCACCCUCACCCAAAAGUUGCAAAUUCAUGGCAAGUUAUUACUGCCAAUAAGCAUAUUUUACCUCAGUUACCCUUAAUCAAAUUACCAUCUAAUCAUGAAUCCGCACCUUUGAUGUCAGAAGAAAUGGCUGACGAACAAGAGUUCAGGGAAUUUAUACUAUACAAGCGUCUUAAAAGAAAAUUUGAUUCAGAGGCCGGACAAUCCAUCAACAUCCCUCCUACUAACAAUUAUGUUCAAACCGAUCCUAAUAUUAAUAUAAAUAGAAUUGACCAUUCGUACAGUCCUAAUAAUAAUGAGCAUCCAGAAAACGAAUCUUCAAAUAAUUUUAGGAAUAUCAAUAGCCUGAAUCAAGCGAAUGACGCCAUGAGACAACUUAUUUCUAAAAUGGAAGGGAACCACAACCGCGAUGGUAAUUUGAGAGCAGCCGAGGAAUUUAUUUACAACCCAAGACCGAAUUUAAACUCUUUUUCAUCUAAGGAUUAUCCAGUCCCUGCACGUCAUAUAGACCAUUCACUAGGCCUAGAUAGAAAUUACAGGCAACCACUCCCUCAACCUCUAUUACAAAUGAUCCCUCCUAAUCCCAAUAUUCCCAACCUUAAUGCCAAUAACAAUAACCGUUUCAUGAGGGAUAUGAUGGACAACAUCAUGAAUUCCAUAAAGAAAAAGAAGCAUUUUAACCCCCUAUCAAACCAAGUCAGCAAUAUGUAUAGCGCUAACGAGAAUUUCGGGGGAAACAGAAUCACACAAUUAGCUCCCUUAUUCCCUAAUCACAACAACCCUGCUAACCGAAACAGGAACGAGAUGAAUCAAAAGAUUGAUAACUGUAUCAGAACAUUAAUCAAAAAAGGAGGACCAUCAAGGCGAUAAUACAAAUUUGGAGCCCUUAAAAUUAAAAAAAUUAUUUUAUCACAUCGAUUUAUAAUAUAACAUAGAUUAGUAAAAUAGUAUACUAAAACUUAUCGGAAAUUUUUCGAAUAAAGAUGAAUUUAGUAGAUAUUUUGGAUAAAAGAUGAAAAAAUUUCAAUAAUACAAACUGUAGAUCUGAUGGAUUUUUUAAU